CAGAGGAGAACUGGAAAUCUUUUUUGCCAAAACUUUGUGAUUGCCACCAGCUCUGUCCUCUACUGCAUCCACCAACACCUAAAAAGAACCUCUCUCCAGCCAGGCCUUGAACAUGCCAGCUUCUCUCUCCCCUGCCCCGUGGUACUCGGGACUCUCUCUGAUUAUCUCCAGAUCAGAGGGGGGCACCCCCAUUACCACACCCAUCUGGUACCAGCGAGCAGCCACAGAGUUGUU